GUUUGCUUCAAUUCGUCAACAAAAACAGUAAACAUUGCUUUCAUUUGACACAACCAUUGGAUCCAUUGAUGCCAUGGAUUGUCUUGAGAGUCAUCCAUCGCUUCCAAUGGAAAGACACGGCAGGAAACGGAAGAAGAGGCUAUUGAACACAAUCCGGGAACAGAUUGAGUUCUACUUCAGUGACGCAAACCUAAGACACGACCGAUUCAUGAGACAACUGAUUGGCGCCGAAGACCCGGACCUAAAGGGCAGACAAGCGGUCGAUUUGAAUGAGUUCUUGAAAUUCAACAAAAUCUCGGAAAUGACACAAAAUAUUCGUGACAUAAGUCUAGCGCUCGAGAGAUCCAAAUGUCUGUCAUUGGAUGAGAAGAGCGAUAAAGUGCAACGAAUGGAGCCGUUUGUGACCAGAGAUGUGAAUUGUGAUGAUCUGACCAUUUAUGUGGAACGGCUUCCGCCCAACGCUGACCACCACUGGAUUCGGUCGGUGUUCGCGCCCUUCGGUCCCAUUCAGUACAUAAAAGUCCCGCAUUUCAGACACAACAACAAUAUUAUGGGAUUUGCUUUCAUUGAGUUCGAGGACAAAGUGUCGGCAGAGAAGGCACUCAAACACUUCAACGCAUUGUCUUCCGAUGACAACCAAAAUAGUGAUCAAAUGGACAGUAAUAAU